CUGUGCGCGGGCGCACGGCGCCCUCUGGCGGCCCCCCAGCCGGCCCGGCCCGUCCCGUCCCGGCGGCCAUGAAGUCCGUGUUCGUCACCGUGGGCACCACCAGCUUCGAUGAGCUGAUCGCCACGGCCCGCUCCCCGCCCGCGCUGCAGGCGCUGCAGAGCCGCGGCUACCAGAAGCUGGUGCUGCAGGUGGGCCGGGGCUCGCUGCCGCUGCCGCAGCCGCAGCCCAGCAGCAGCCCGGCCGUGGCGGUGGAAGCGUUCCGGUUCAAGGACUCGCUGGCUGAGGACCUGCAGGGAGCAGACCUGGUCAUCAGCCACGCAGGUGCUGGUAGCUGUCUGGAGACUCUAGAGAAAGGAAAACCACUAAUAGUAGUAAUAAAUGACAAGCUGAUGAACAACCAUCAGCUUGAGCUGGCCAAACAGCUGCACAGAGAUGGCUGUGUCCUGUACUGUAACUGCAGCACUCUUGUGGAGACACUGCAAUCGAUGGACUUGUCAGCUUUGAAACCUUUUCCUCCUGGACAGCCAGAAAAGUUUGCUUCAUUCUUGGAUAAAGUUUUUGGCGGCGGCCGCGCGCCCGGCGCCUCGCGCCUCGCCCGCGUCUCCGCGCCCGCCUCAGCCGCCCCGGCCGGGAAGAUGCACAAAGGCUCCAAGAAGUACUUCGGGCAGAAGUCCUUCAGCGAGGUGGCCAUGGACGAGUACCUGGGCAGCCUGGGGCUGUACCGCAAGAUGACGGCCAAGGACGCCUCCUGCCUCUUCCGAGCCGUCUCCGAGCAGCUGUUUUCAUCUCAAAUUCAUCACGCAGAAGUUAGGAAAGCUUGCGUCUCGUAUAUGAGGCAGCACCAGUCGAGGUUUGAAUCCUAUGUGGAAGGCUCAUUUGAGAAAUACCUAGAACGACUAGGAGAUCCAAAGGAAAGUGCUGGCCAGCUGGAAAUAAGUGCCUUAUCAAUGAUGUACAAGCGAGACUUCAUAGUGUACCGGUACCCCGGGAAGGCACCCACACGUGCUACAGACAAUGGCUUUGAAGACAAGAUUUUACUGUGUUGUUCCGGUAACGGCCAUUAUGACUCUGUGUAUACAAAACAAUUUCAGGAAAAUGCUGCCAUUUGCCAGGCUGUAUUAUAUGAGAUCCUCUACAAAGAUGUGUUUGGCAUGGAUGAGGAAGAAUUAAGGUCUGCAGUUGAGGUGUUUCGAAGUGGAUCCAAGAAGAACAGAAACAGUGCUCCUGUAGGAAGUGAGGAUGCAAACUUUGGUUGUCUCCAUGAAAAAGUGCCCCGAAAUCCAUCAGAAAAGAGACUGGACGACUGGGAAGGCAAUGAUGCUGACAAUCCACAGGAAACCAAGUUCAAACAAGGCAUUGAAGAACAAAAGCCUCCAGAAAAUCCUCCAAAGAUGCCUGUUCCUUAUAAAGUGCUAAAGGCACUGGACUCUACCAUCUAUCGAAAUGUGGAGUUUGAUGUUUGGCUGGACAGUAGAAAAGAGCUUCAAAAAACUGACUACAUGGUGUUUGCUGGGAGACAGUACUACUUAGGAGAUAAGUGUCAGGUGCGUCUGGAACCAGGAGAGAAGUAUUACAAUGCUCACAUCCAGGAAGUUGGACAGGAUAGCAACACUUUGACUGUAUUUGUUGAGGAGCUGGCAGAAAAGCACACAGUUCCUUUGGCAAACUUAAAGCCAGUGUCACAAGUGGCUCCUGUCCUCGCUUGGAAUAUGGCUCACAACAGAAGAGGAGCUUAUCAGAAAGUAACAGGUGGACACUUCUCAGGAAUAGAAAUGGAUAUGAAAACACGGAAGAGGAUGCUCAAGAAGGUCCGUGGGAAGGAAGUGUUCAUGGCUGUGGCUUACAGCAGGGGCCAGCCAGUGCUGCCCCCCAGGCUGCAGCACAGUGCUCCCUCAGGGCGCUUCCCUCCCAUCCACUGCUCCCAGGGAGCUGCAGCCAUGGCACCCUACAAACCCUAUCACCAGCAGAACCCUCCCAGACAGCACCGUGACUCCGGCAUGCCCAGACACAAAAUCAGUCUUGUGAGCAACUGAGAGGCAAGAUACCAGCUUGGCCCUCAGAUAGCAUUCUACCCCAGCCCAGGGGAGAGAGGCUGUCAGAGUUAUGACAGCUUCUCGUACAGCCGCAGCCGCCGCCCGCUGCCGUGCCCGAACAAGGAGUGCCAGUACGGCUUCGUGCCAGGGGCUGCCGAGGAGCCCCAGGGGCCAGAGGAAACUGUCACCUUCUGUGAAAUCGAAGGAGAUGACACUGCUUUUCCUGCUCUGCCUAGCCACACUAGCCAUGCUCCCAUUGUCCAUGGUCCAGGGGCAUUUUGGGUAGCAAGGAGAGGUCCAAACUCUGUUCCAUCCAACAAGCAGACUCUGAGUGCCUUAGAGGAAGAGGAAGAAGCAAGUGAAAACGGGAAAUUUCAUGAGGAAUAUAUCUAUGUAUCUUCAGAUCCCAACUGUGAAACUGCAACCGUGUUUGGUUCACCAGAACCUGCAGCAAACUUGGAAGAAGGGCCAGUCUCGGUGUCACCUCCAGAUGAAGUGGCUUCCUACAGCUAUCCCCAGAAGGUGUUGGUGAACUCUGCAACAGUUUCCACCUCCACAGAUGUUUAUACUGCUCCAGCUACAGUGAGUGAGGUGGGAGAAGCCAGUGCUGUGCUUCCAGCUUACUCCUGUGAUCCCAGUGGCAGUGAUUUGCCUCGAGAUACAAAGGUCUUGCGGUAUUAUUUUAAUAUGGGAUUGCAAUACUGCCAUCAGAGCUGCUGGCCUUCCAUGAUGUACAUGCAGCCAGUGCUGCCUCCAUCUCCAGUGGAAGUUUACCCAGCCUAUGCUGAGCCAGCUCCUGUCCUGGAUCAGUCAGUGCCCCAGCUCUUCCCUGAUGCUGGGCAAGCUGAGGUCCACCAGGUCCCCUUGGAGGCAUCAGCAAAUGGAAACUUCCAAAACACAGAGCCUCCACCCCUGUCCUAUGGGCCAGUGUAUUACCCAGUGGUGUCAGACCCCUACAGCCAGCAGCCUGUGCCUGGCUUUGACUCUCUGGUUCCUGCCUACCGCUACAUUGGCACCUGGCAUCCUGUAAAUCCUCCCCAUGGAAAUUCCCCACCUGUGGCCAAGGCUGGGAGCUCAGGAGCACCACCCCAGGUGGGCUACAUGGCCUCCCCUAACCCUGCACCUCCUGAUGCACCUCAGGGAAUGUAAACCUGGGAGCUGGAGCCUCCUCCUUGGCUUCUCCUUUCUUG